CGGCGGCGUCGUCCUGUGCGCCCCGCGCUCGCCGCGCCGCGCCAUGCCGCCCGCCGGGCUCCGCGGGGCCGCGCCGCUCGCCGCGGUCGCGCUCCUGGCGCUGGGGGCGCCCCUGGCUCUGGCUGGCGAGGACUGUCUCUGGUACCUGGACCGGAACGGCUCCUGGCAUCCGGGUUUCAACUGCGAGUUCUUCGCCUUCUGCUGCGGGACCUGCUACCAGCGGUACUGUUGCCGGGACCUGAGCCUGCUCAUCACCGAGAGGCAGCAGAAGCACUGCCUGGCCUUCAGUCCCAAGACCAUAGCGGGCAUCGCCUCGGCCGUGAUCCUCUUCGUGGCCGUGGUCGCCACCACCAUCUGCUGCUUCCUCUGCUCCUGCUGCUACCUCUACCGCCGGCGCCAGCAGCUGCAGAGCCCGUUCGAAGGCCAGGAGAUCCCCAUGACAGGCGUCCCUGUGCAGCCACUGUGCCCAUACCCCCAGGACCCCAAAGCCGGCCCCGCACCCCCACAGCCUGGCUUCAUGUACCCACCCAGCGGUCCUGCACCCCAGUAUCCACUCUACCCGGCGGGACCCCCGGUCUACAACCCUGCAGCUCCUCCCCCGUACGUGCCACCCCAGCCCUCCUACCCUGGAGCCUGAGGAGCCAGCUGCGUCUCUGCCGUCCCUCAGGAGGCUGAGCCUCCGCCCUGCCCGGGGGUGGGCAGGGGCAUUUGCUCGACAGGCCCCAGGCCCAGCUGCACCCUGAGACCUUCUGGGAAUGGAGCCCCAGGGAGGAGGAACAGGAGCUGAGCUGGGACUCGGCCGUGACUGAGGGGCGGGUGGGGAGGGCCUGGAACACGCGGACUAUUUUUAUCAGGAGUGGGGGAAGGGCGGGAAAGCCUGCAUGGCCCCUGCUUUCUCCAGCCCUUCUCCUCCCAGGACCCCGGGCCAGGAAGGCUGGGCCCCUCCUGUUCGUCUGCCAUGGACGGGGGGGGGGGGGGGGGGUGCCGGCGGCUGGGGAGGCUCCACCAGCCAUGGGCAGAAGCCCCCCCACCAGCUGCCCCACGGCCAGCACUCGGGGGGAUUAAAGCCGAGGUGACAUAAC